AUGUGCAGUAUUACUGUUCAAUAUCACACAUCAGGUCGUCUUGCAAUUCUUGCUAAAUCAGGGAUGUGGCAAAUUUCCUUCAUCGAAGACCUUGUCAUCUUUGGAGGCCACUUUCUCGUUAAAUUGACGUUCUUGUUGUUCUACAUGCGCCUCACCUCCGAACAGAUAUUUCGUAUUUUGACAAACACUGGAUUUGUGCUAAAUAGCGCAAUAAUUCUCUUCAACAUUCUGCUUACCGUAUUACAAUGCACACCUUUCGAGAAGAUUCUCCAUCCGACAUUACCUCCUGAGGUCAAGUGUAUUAAUGCACGCACUGUCACAUUUACUCCGCCUGUGCUGAACAUUGCCAUGGACCUUUAUAUCCUGUGCAUUCCCAUCCCCAUCGUGUGGAAUCUCCAGAUGGCGGUUCGGCGCAAGGCUACUAUCCUUUUCGUACUUGGCUUCGGUCUGGUGUCUGUUACUGUGGCUGUCCUGCGACUCCCACUAUUGCUAUCACUCACCUCAAUGAAGACCGACACCUCCACAGACAUAGCAAGAGUGAUUAUUGUUGCAUCUUUCGAGGUCCAAUGCGCUAUCGUUGCUGUCAAUCUCCCUUCGUUAACUUCGAUGUGGACUGCGGUCAGAGAGAAGCAACGCUCUCCGCAAGGCAAGGAACCUUGGGUGCUGCCAUCAUAUCAGCCUGGCCCUUCGAAAAGAAAGGCAAAGGGUAAAAUAUCGAUGGACUCAAUCAUAGGACUGGAGCUGGGAUUGAUCAUCAGACAAUCCCAAGAACACCUCGUAUAA